AUGGCCGAGAAGCAUCAAGAGGAGGGCAUCACCAAGCCCGUCAGCAGCGGUGACGGCUCCGUCGUGGCCCAAUGGCGCGACCGCGAGGACUUCAUGACCCGCAACGGUCUGAACCUCAGGUCCUUCCAGCGGAGACCCAUCGAUGACAAGUUCGUCGAGCUCGACCGCUCCAUGAAGACGCGCCAUCUGCACAUGAUUGCCAUUGGCGGCUCUAUCGGUGCUGGUUUCUUCGUCGGCUCCGGCGGUGCUCUGUACAAAGCCGGUCCCGGCUCCCUCUUUCUUGAUUUCCUCAUCAUGGGUAUCAUGAUCUUCAACGUCGUCUAUGCUCUCGGUGAACUCGCUGUCAUGUAUCCUGUCUCUGGUGGUUUCUACACGUAUUCGACUCGCUUCAUCGAUCCUUCCUGGGGUUUUGCCAUGGGCUGGAACUACGUCUUCCAAUGGGCCGUCGUCUUACCCCUCGAACUGACCGUUGCCGGCUUCACGGUCCAGUAUUGGGACGGAGCCCGCGACGUCAACGUGGGCGUCUUCAUCACCGUCUUCUAUGUCUUCAUCAUCCUCAUCAACAUCUGGGGAACGCUGGGCUACGCCGAGGAGGAAUUCUGGUCCUCCAUGCUCAAGCUCGGUGCCACCGUCGUCUUCAUGAUCAUCUCCCUCGUCCUCGUCCUCGGCGGUGGUCCCAGCAAGGGCCGGUACGACGAGUAUUGGGGCGCCCGGUACUGGUAUGAUCCCGGUGCCUUCAAGAACGGCUUCAAGGGCUUCUGCACCGUCUUCGUCACGGCCGCCUUCUCCUUCUCCGGCACCGAAUUGGUCGGUCUGGCCGCGGCCGAGACUAAGAACCCGCUCAAGUCGCUUCCCGGCGCCAUCAAGCAGGUCUUCUGGCGUAUCACCGUCUUCUACAUUGUCGGUCUCAUGUUCGUUGGUAUGCUCAUUUCCUCCGACGAUAAGAGCCUCCUGGGCGCCGGCGGCUACAUCGAUGUCAACGCCUCCCCCUUUGUGCUGGUUGGCAAGUACGCCGGCCUUAAAGGCUUCGACAGCUUCAUGAACGUCGUCAUCCUCGUCUCCGUCAUCUCCAUCGGUGUCUCCGGUGUCUACGGUGGCUCUCGUACCCUUACCGCGCUUGCCGAGCAGGGUUACGCGCCCAAGAUCUUCACCUACAUCGACCGCUCCGGCCGCCCCCUGUUCUCCGUCUCGGCCCUCCUCCUUUGCGGUGCUCUUGCCUACGUCAACUUGAGCGCCGAGGGUCCCACCGUCUUUGACUGGCUUCAGGCCUUGUCCGGCCUCGCUGCCCUCUUCACAUGGGGCUCCAUCUGCCUUGCCCAUAUCCGCUUCCGCAAGGCCUGGGCCCACCAUGGCCACACUCUCGAUGAGAUUCCGUUCAAGGCUGUCGGCGGCAUCUACGGCUCGUAUCUCGGUCUCCUCAUCAUCUUCCUCGUCCUCGUCGCUCAGGUAAGACCAACCCAGUCACCAGCGAAGACCCUAGCUAACCGCAAGCGCAGUUUCUUCAAGUCGUACCUCGCCCUCCCCGUCGUCAUGUUCUUCUGGGUCUGCGGUCUCCUCUGGAAACGCAAGUCGUGGCUCCGUACCCCGGACAUUGACGUCGAUACCGGCCGCCGUGAGCUGGACUGGGACUACAUCAAUGCCCAGCGUGCCGAGAUGGAGUCGUGGCCGCUGUGGAGGAAGUGGUUCAACAAGAUCUUUUAA